UUUCAUCUGAAAAUAUUGCAAGAUUUUUAUUUGUAAAAUUUAAUAACUUUGACUAAAAUGUGAAUAAAAUGUUUUAUAUUUACAAUUGAAUAUUUGAUAAUGUACUUUUGUCCAUUACUAUUCUUCUAUAUUAAGGGUUUGUCUAUCAAUUUUAUGCAGUGAUUCUGGGUCUCAUACCGUAUGCAUACCGUAUGCGGUACCUCCUGUUGGGGAACUCCGAUUCACUAAACCCGUGCCUAUUACUAAGCCAUCGCCUGGUAUACUCGACGGCACAAAAAUAGGCAAAAAAUGUCUACAAUUAACACCACAUCCCAAUCAGAUGAGCGAAGACUGUUUGGUACUAAACGUGUGGACAUCGGGUUUGGGAGACUUGAAACCCGUUAUGUUUUGGAUACAUGGAGGGGGUCUGGCCGGUGGAUCCAGUUUUGAGGAGGAAUAUAAUGGCACUGUUUUGGCCACACAUGAUGUGGUCAUUGUGUCCACAAAUUACAGGUUAGGGUCGUUAGGAUUCUUGUAUGGGGGCCGGGAGGCAAUGUACGCCCAUAAUAACUGUUCCCUCUCAAUUAUGUAA